UCUAAGUUACUCUCUGACUUGAAAGGUUGUUUUCUAAACUCCUUAGCCAGUUUGUAUUUAACAAAUAUUUUAAUAAACAAAGGGGGUUUUACUCACUCAAGAAAAACUAAUUUCUCGAGUGGGCUUUCCUCCUUCCGUUAAACGGAAUUAAACGUCUUUUAAUUUAAAUAUUCCCGCUUCCUUCUUUAAGGAUUUAAUCAAGGUAGAAUCCGGCGAAUCAUCGCGAACUAUUAGAGUUACGUUAUUAAAGGUAACGCGGCUCGUAACACGUGACAUAAGCUGUAAAAAUAAUUGAAAAUCUGUACAUGACAAAAAACAAAAAACUAACCUUCGAACAAAAUUAAAAAAAACCCAUAAAUUUAAUAUUCAUUACAAAUAUCUGUCUGAAGAAAAUGGCUAAAACGUCAAUAGCAAUAUUACAGGAAUAUGCUGCCAAACUGCCGUAUGAGCUUCCUAAUUAUAUAUUCAUUGGAGAUCAAGUGAUUUCAGGCAAUGAACACGUAUUUACAAUUAGAGUAAAAUAUAAAUCUUUGUCUGCCGACGGAAGAGGUUCUACAAAACAAAAGGCCAAACAUGAAGCAGCUCAAGAAAUGCUUAGACUUCUUGGUACUAUACCUUCCACAAAUCGGACAAAUCCGAUACAGUCAUUACCGAAUUCACUAAAUAUUGUAAAUAAUAAUUCUUUACAACAGUCAGGACAGCAAGAAAUUAAUUACAUCGGAUUAUUGCAAGAAUUAUGCGCUAAAAAAGGAAUGAUAUUGCCAAAAUAUGAGGAGACAAACGCGACUGGACCACAUCAUCAGAUGAAUUUUACAGUGAAAUGUAAAAUUCUAGACAUUGAAAAGAACGGUUAUGGAAAAACAAAAAAGAUAGCUAAAUUGGAGGCUGCUAAGAAAGUUUGGCUGCUUUGUCAAGAGCGACUCAAUUUAUACAAGGAAGAAAAAGUAGAAGAAAGUGAAUUUGGACUUAAUAUAGAAGAAAUAAAUAUCGAGGACAUUUUACCGGAAUACAAGGGUGAAAAUAAUCUUGCUGUUGAAAGGUAUUUAAAAUUAACAAAAUUAACCGUAACGCCACUAUUAGCCGAGAGCGUAAAUAUCGAAAAUUGCCAUCGUGUUUUUACAAGUGAGCAAUUUAGUACAAAUAACAGAAAAAAAAUUAUAAACCUACUGUCAUCAAUGUGUACAGGAACGGAGAAUUCUGCAUUUGUUGAAAAAUAUUUUAAUAUUCUUCAGCAAAUUGCUAAAAUUUUAAAUGCGGACUUAAAACCAAUGAAUUUAAAUUUAAAUCGUUUUGCAAAAAGUGAUAAUGCCCCGGUUAAUUAUGCUGUUGGUUAUAAAUUAUAUACAUCGCCAACAAUUUCGGCUAUUGGCGAUGGAACGACAAUGGCAUCAGCGCGUUUAAAAGCCAUUUUAAAUAUCAAAACCAGUUUAACUCUUUUAUUUUGUUAAAAACAUAGUUUAAUAAUUCUAAAUCUACUUAAGUAUUAAUACUUUAUUUCUUAUUGAACGAGAUUUAUUUUUUACUUUUCUUUAUAAAAAGAAAAUAUUUUAGAAACAAUUAAGUAUUCAUAGUGUUUGUUGAUUAGUUUUAUUGAAUAAUUAUUUUCAAAUGAAUUCCUCGUGAAUAUAAAAAUAGUACCGAAUUUUGGUUGUUUAGUUU